AUGGACGAUUUUGUCCCUUCGCUUUUUGAUGAAGACACGUUAGUUGAGGUACCCGACCCUGUCUCUAAGCCUCGCAGAGGUAGGAAAGCAGGUCAAAAAAAUCUACCUGUUGAUGAUAAAUUGAUAAAAGCUAAAGCGAUUUCAUUGGCUCAGAGCUUAGGGUUGAAAACGUUUGUUGCUAGUACUAAUUGGUUUAGUAAGUUCAAGAAAAGGAAUAAUGUAAGAAGAUUAAAACAACACGGUGAAUCUCGGUGUGUUGAUCUUGAGAUUGUCGAGAAUUGGUUUCUUAAAUUACCUGAUAUUAUCAAAGAUUUUGAAGAUGAUUGUAUUUAUAACGCUGAUGAAUCGAGUUUCUAUUGGAAAGCUUUACCAACAUCAUCGUAUCUAACAAAAGGAAGUGAUCAACACGGGAUCAAGCAAUCUAAGCUCAGAGUAUCGGUAAUGUUUUGUUGUAAUCGUUUUGGUAGCAAAGAGAGGAUAUUGGUUAUUGGUUUUCGUGCUCGUCCUCAUUGUUUCAAAAAGGUUAAUUAUGAUCUAUCAUCAAUCGAUGUAAAUUAUAAGUUCAAUAGCUCGAGUUACAUGACAGCAAGUUUAUUCAAUGAGUGGCUAGUUGAGUGGGAUAAUCAGUUGAUUGAAGAUAAAAAAAAGAUUCUAUUAUUUGUUGACAAUUGCCCAUCACAUAAAUUAACAGAAACAUUGAAAAAUAUUGUUGUGAUCAAAUUACCACCCAACACAACAUCACACUGCCAACCUUUAGAUUGUGGUAUUAUCGCUAAUGUAAAGACUUUAUAUCGGUCGAAAAUAAUACAGCGAAUUGCUCCUUCGAUUGAAAAUGAAAUUAAUUUGCUAGAUUGUCUCAAAAAUUUACAAUUAAUUGAUGGAAUUCAAAUAUUAAGAGAUUGUUGGUUCGAAGUUAAAGCAAAAACUAUUGUAAAUUGUUUCACUAAAGCUGGAUUUCCAUUAAAAUAGAUGAACUCUAAUAGAUGUCGCUUCAUGUAAAAAAUACAUCACAAGUG